AUGUCCACCCCUUCAACAACGUUUACCGCUGACCUCAUUAAUAUGAAGCCUCCAGAUCCACCGGAACCACCGGACGAAGAUCAACGCAUGGAAGAGCUCCCAUCGGAGAAACCCUCUUUCAAAGCAAUUCUCAUGGAUAAAAUCCCAGAUCUGAAUGCUUCAUACCUUCAAAGACAGGGAAAGCAAAGAGAGGGCUCGGAAACAAACUCAGCUUCGAUCCAACUUAUGAAAGACGAAAUGCAGCGGAUCCACGAGCCGUGGCGCAACUCGAUCAUAGUCAAAUUAUUCGGGAUGGACCCCAGUGACGAGACUAAUGCCUCAUACUCUCUCAUCUCUUCUCCCUCACCCCCUAUAGUCCUAGCUGGUUAUGCAAAAUCUUCUUUCGAAGAAGGUAAUCAUAACCUGGGCAAGAAUGAUAUGACACUCCCCAUUGUGUUAAUUAAAUCCUCUAAUGCCCUCUACACAAGUAUGCCUACUAUUUGUGAAGGGAACUCCACUCUUACCGCCAAAACCAUUGCUAGCACUCACAAUGGCAGAACACUCAAGCAAUGCUCAGGGAGCCAACCUGGAACCUCUGUUCUUCAUCUCAACCCUACUACCACAAGACCACAUACCCAAAUCAUGGCUAAAGCUCCUUCUUUAGGACAAGUCGAUCACUCUAAACCUCCAGCUGGGAAAUCAACCCUUAGUAGUCAUCCUCCAGGACCUUGCAUUCCUAGCACAGAUCCUAAGGGAGGCUCUGAAUCACUCCAUAGACAGGUUGGGGAGCCAAAUUUGGUUACAGACCCUUCUUCAUUCAGACAUGCACCACCCAACUCAGCAAUUUCCAACGCAAGAGCUAAACUUCCUACUGAGCCAAGCACUCCAGUCUCUCCCAUUAUUUCCAAUCAACUAUCCAGGGACACCAAUCCUUCAUCUAUCCUUUGUUCUAUGGCCCAACCAGGAGAGUCAAGCACCACAACCAACAAAUCAGGUAGAAAACCAAGGAGGUCAAUGCUGGAGAGGGACCAAGCAACCCAUCCGGAGCAUGUCUUCAGGGAAGGGAACAAAGCGGCUGACCUAUUAGCCAAAACAGCUAGAAAUGAAGCAGUGCAAGGGAGCCUUAAGAUUCUACCAGUUCCUCCUGUGUUUGUAUUAGACACCAUAGAUGCAGACAAAUCAGGAACUAUGUAUUCUAGGAAACUUCGUAUGUCAGGCUGUUCAAGUUACCAUUUGCUUUCACUAGCAGUACUCUUACUGCUAGUACCGAUUGAUGGAAAUUCACAAGCUCAUUCAUCGAAAGUAGGCAGGAUGAAAUCUGCUGUUUUUCAUUCACCGAAAUUUGUGCUGACACCUGGAUUAGUAUCUAACAAAUUUUACUACAACAUUGAUUUUCCCAAAGGCCAUAUUGCUGUAAAAGAUUUUUAUGCUGAAGUUGUUGAUGAGACAGGGCAUUCUGUACCCUUACAUGAAGUCUACCUUCACCAUUGGAUUGUUGUAAGAUAUAAUCAACGAAAAAGUAACCUAUCAGAUAUGGUUGUUCAUGGCAACUCAGGAAUGUGUGAUGGGCUUUUUGUUCAGCAUUUUGGUCUUGGAUCUGAGACGCGAAAAACAGCAACAUAUACUCCUGACCCUUAUGCUAUUGUAGUAGGUGAUCCAGCAGACGUGCCUGAAGGAUACCAGGAGAGAUGGUUGAUCAAUUUGCAUGCCAUUGAUACGCGUGGGGUUGAAGAUAGAUUUGGAUGUAUUGAGUGCAGGUGUCAUCUUUAUAACAUCACAAAGGAUGAGAAUGGUAGAGAUAUAAAACCAGAUUACUUUGGAGGCUUGUCAUGUUGCCCUGAUAAAUCUAGAUGCAGGUUGAGAAAAGGAUUCAGGGGUCCUAAGAGAACUUUCUACCUGAGGUACACUGUGAAGUACGUUGAUUGGGACGCGACCUCCAUUGUGCCUGUUAGAGUUUAUAUAUUUGAUGUCACAGAUGGAUGGAAAAAGCCUGUAAACCCAACGGCUGUGGCAAAACAUCCGUGUCAGCUUGAAUACGAAGUGGAGCCAUGUUCUGCAAAUGAAAAUGUUCGCGGUUGUACUCAUGUAAGACAUUUAAGUGUGCCCUUUCCUAAUGGCGGGGAUGUCAUAUAUGGAGUUGCUCACCAACAUAGAGGAGCGAUUCGUUCAGCCCUUUACGGAGAGGAUGGGCGCGUCUUAUGCUCUUCUAAGCCGAUCUAUGGCAAAGGAAAAAGUCCAGGAAAUGAAGCUGGUUAUGUUGUUGGGAUGUCUACUUGUUAUCCUAAACCUGGUUCCGUCACGAUCAGAGAUGGGGAGAUGGUUACUUUAAUUGUAAAUUAUAGCAAUGCUAAAAGGCAUUCUGGAGUGAUGGGGGUGUUUUAUAUCUUGGUUUCUGAAUCAUUACCAAAGCCUAAUUUUGUUCUGAGUUCUUUUGAUGGAGUAUGAGAUUUAAGUGUUGACCUUUAUGUAACAGUUAUUUUAUACUAUAAUAAUAUCUCUCUAUAGUAAUCA